UCGACAAUUCUAUUCCUAACUGUUUCAAUUUUCUCCACAGCCAAACACCAGAUUAGUCCAACCAAGCUCAAUUGGCGCAGUCCGCCGAUCCGAUUCCGAUACCGAAGUACCCCGUUACUCUUUUUCUCCUCUAAAACCCCAGAUCUCCCUCCCCACGCCAUGCCAACGCCACCACUCAAGGCGGUGACGCUGACCCAUGUCCGUUACACCAAGGGAGAUCAACUCGGCCAUUUCUUAGCCUGGGUCUCUCUCGUUCCGGUCUUCAUCAGCCUCGGUGGGUUCGUUUCCCAUUUAAUCUUCCGCCGUGAGCUCCAGGGCAUGUUCUUUGCUCUCGGCCUCUUUAUAUCUCAGUUCGUCAACGACCUCAUCAAGAAAUCCGUCCAACAGGCGAGACCCGAGACCUGUGCUCUCUUGGAAACCUGCGAUUCCCAUGGAUGGCCUUCCAGCCACUCCCAGUACAUGUUCUUCUUCGCUGUGUACAUCACGCUCUUGACUGCUAAAGGUAUCGGAGGGAUCUGGAAGGUUAAAAGCAAAUGGGCUUUCUUGUUCUUGCCCUGGUCCAUGGCUCUGCUCACCAUGUAUUCGAGGGUGUAUCUGGGGUACCACACCAUUGCUCAGGUUCUCGCCGGGGCAGCUUUGGGGGCCUUUCUUGGAUGGGUUUGGUUUUGGGUGGUCAAUUCUGUGCUUUUCUCUUACUUUCCGAUGAUUGAGGAGAGUGUGUUUGGGAGGAUGUUUUAUGUCAAGGAUACUUCUCAUAUACCCGAUGUUUUCAAGUUCGAGUAUGAUAAUGCCAGGGCAGCUAGGAAAAAUAUGGCUUCCAAGAGCAAUUGAGUAUGAAGACUUUCCUCGGCAAUACCUUCAAACUAACGUUCAAGGAUUCUGCUUUUCUGCGUGUUGGAUAAUGUGACAAGCAAAUUUCAUUCUUGUAUGCCACCCUUGAAAACUAUAUGAGAAGCCAGCUGGAAGUCAUGCUGAAGUUUAGCUUGCUGAAUUUGAAGAAUAAAGAAUAGAAGCUUAUAUUUGCAGGGGUUACACAGUGUCUAAAGGAACUAUGUAGUAGGCUGGAAGGUUACUGAUUUUUAUUGAUUAGAUAGGUACUUAAACAAUCACUUGUUUUAACAAAUGCAAUAUCAUGCAUCAGAUGAUGCCUGUCACUACAGAAUUUAUGGGAAUCUUAUUUGCAGUUUCAUUUUUGUGCCUUGGAGUAUGAUUUCUACUCUUAUCUUAUAGCCUAAUGUUCGUCAGGAAUGGAGUGAAAGGAUUUUAGCAGUACUGAGAACUUAAAAAUAAGAAGCAUAAUUUGUUACUUUACAAUCAGUAAGGUAUGCUAUGAUUUUCACCAAGAAUAGUAAACUAUGAUGCCUUAAUUGUGUGUGUGUUCUUUUUUCAAUUUUGAUUUUUGCACAAGAAGUUCGUUCCUUUUGGGAUCAAGGUUCAUUUAGGAUUUUAUAGGAGAGUAACUACAAUCACAACACAGCUUAGCACAAUACGGACAAAUAAAGCCUUAAUGUAAAUAAAAAUAAAAUCAGUGUUCUUGA